AUGUUCAAACAAAUAUGGGCUCAAAGAUUCUAUAGUGUUGCAACCAAGUCAUCUCAGCCUACGGUAUUUGCCCUCUCUACGCCAUUUGCAAAAUCAGCAAUUGCUGUGGUUCGAAUAUCCGGCCCGGAGGCUGUUUACGUUUAUCAACAGCUAACAAAGACACAAGCACAGCCAAAACACAGAGUCGCUAGCGUACGCAAGUUAUACUCCGUCAAAGAUUCGAAGAUUCUUGAUGAAGCUCUUACCAUAUUUUUCAAACUGCCAAAAUCGUAUACCGGUUUAGAUUUACUUGAGUUUCAUUUGCAUGGAGGAACAGCAAUCAUCAAGGCGGUGCUAAAAUCUAUACGGGACCUACAUGAUCCAAAAUCCGGCAAACUAAUACGACAAGCCGAACAGGGGGAGUUCUCCCACCAAGCCUUCAUAAAUGGAAAAUACGACCUUACGGCUUUGGAAGGGAUAAGCGAAAUGAUCAAUGCCGAAACCGAGCUGCAAAGACUUGCAUCGCUAGCAUCAAUGACAGGUCAAACUAACAACAGUUUUGUCAAAUGGAGGCAGGAUAUUUUGGAGAAUGUGGCCAAUCUUACAACAUUGAUUGAUUUUGGUGAGGACCAAGAUCUCGAUGACAUCGAUUCGCUUUCUCAUGAUGUCGAGGCAAACAUUUCAAAAUUAGAAACGGAAAUUGAGGGCUAUCUUAAGAAUGUGAAAUCAUCCGAAAUUUUGCUCAAUGGAAUUCAACUUACGUUGUUGGGACCGCCAAAUGCAGGAAAGUCGUCUAUUUUAAAUACUUUAACAAACAAGGAGGCCGCUAUUGUGAGUAGUAUAGCCGGAACGACGCGAGACGUGUUGGAUAUUCCACUCGAUAUCGGCGGCUACAAGGUAGUCUUGGGUGAUACUGCAGGUAUACGAAUGUUAGAAGAUGCUGAUCAGAUUGAGCAAGAGGGCAUUAAAAGGGCCAAGGCUAAGUCCCUUUCUGCCGAUUUGAUUUUGGUAGUGCUUGAUCCCACCAAUUCGGUUCACAAUGAAGCGAUAUUUGAUUACGUUCUGGAGCUAGUCAACAAGUAUGGUAAAGAUGUGCUUGUUAUUUUGAAUAAGGAGGACUUGUUUCUGGAUGAAAGGGGUGUAAUAGUUGAACGGUACGCAGAAUUGUUGAGCGUGCCUCGCAAUUUAAUUCAUGUGGUUUCGUGCACGUCCGGGCAUGGCAUCGACCCUCUUCGUGACAUAUUAAUUGAAAAGUUUAAAGCUAUUUCACAUUUCGGCGCCCAGGAUGCAGCGAUUGUUUCCUCCAGAGUCCAAGAUAUUUUAGAAUUCGAUGUGCUAUGUGGGUUAAAAGAGUUCCACCAUUGGAAAGACCAGGGUGACGUGGUGUUGGCAACUGAGGGCUUGAGACAAUCUAUAGAAGGGAUUGGUAAGAUUACUGGUGAGGCCAUAGGUGUAGAGGAAAUAUUAGGAGUAGUAUUUUCAAACUUUUGCAUUGGUAAAUAG